AUGCUGACCACCAUCAUAUCUUCGCGGGCCCUGACAAGGGCCAAGAGUCCCGCCGCCGUCCUCGCACGUAGCCUCAACACUUCGUCGACCCAGCGUGCGGGCGCCAUGGGUCAUCAUCAAGCUGCAUCAAGCUCAGUGUCAGCAUCGUCGUCGCCGCCGCCGCCGCUGCGGCGCCCUACUCAGCGCGCAGCGCCUUCUACGGCCGGCAAGAAGGAGGGCACGAUCGCCUCGGUGUUUGCGACGUUGAGCGGAGGCUCGCUCGAGGCCGCCCUGCCCGCCCGCUUCGCAGAACUGAAGCGCUCCAUGAUCAGGGACGAAGCGCACGUCCAGGCGCUCAAGGCUGCGUGGCUCGACGUGCUGACGCAGCUGCAAGGGCGAGUCGAGGAGACGGUGGAGCGUGGCGGCGACCUCAUCCCGCAAAUCGAGUAUCCGACGGACGCCGAAGCGGCUCGCCAGCCGAUCGACAAGUGGACCAGCCCACACACUCUGGAAGAGGUCAGGCAGCGGGGCGUCGCUGCCAUCAAGGGCGUCGUGCCCGCAGCCCAGGCGCUUCAGUGGAAGGAAGAUAUCCAGGCAUACGCCAAGAUGAACUCGGCCAGAGGCUUCCCCGAGAGCAAUCCGCAGGUGUACGAGCUGUACUGGACCAGGGCGCAGCUGGCGGCCAGGGGCCAUCCGGCGCUCAUGAGAACGUCGCAGGCGUUUCUCUCGCUCUUCCACGCUCCGUCACAGAGCGACGACGGCAGCGCGUUUGAGUCGGUGCCCCCGCCCGAGCUCUCGGUGUCGCUGUCGAACCCGCUCACUUACGCCGAUCGCCUGCGGAUUCGCCAGCCGGGGGACGCGCAGUUCGCCCUGGGCCCGCACGUCGACGGCGGAGGCGUAGAGCGGUGGGAGUGCCCCACGUUCCGCGCGGUCUGGGACCGCAUCCUCGCCGGUGGUCGCUCGUGGCGCGAGCACGACCCGUGGUCCCUCGGCGCGGCCGCGGAGCGGCUCGGAGCGCAGACCGACAUGUAUGGCGGCGCCGGCCAGUGCUCGGUGUUCCGUCCGCUGCAGGGCUGGCUCAGCAUGAGCUCGACGCGGUGCAACGAGGGCACGCUGCGUGUGCUGCCGUUCCUCGUCGAGUCGACGGCCUACAUCGUGCUGCGGCCCUUUUUCCGGCCAAGGCGGCCCGCCGACGUCGCAGGUCCCGCGUACCUGUUGCCGGACAACUGGGAAUUUGACGGCGACUCUGCCCACUUCCCGGGCUGCUCGCUGGGCCACAACAUCGAGCUGUCGGACCGCACGCACCCGCACCUCCGGCUCGACGAGACGAUGACGUCGAUCCCCCAGGUCGAGCCGGGGGACAUGGUGCUCUGGCACUGCGACGGCGUCCACAGCGUCGAGGCGCAGCACCGCGGCCGGGGCGACAGCUCGGUCAUGUACAUCCCGGCCAUCCCGACGACCAAGGUCAACUUUGACUAUGUGCGGCGGCAGCGCGACGCCUUUGAGCGCGGCAUCCCGCCCGCCGACUUCCCCGGGGGCGAAGGCGAGUCGAGCUUCACCGGUCGAGGCACGCCUGCCGACGUCGAGGGCGCCAUGGCGCGGCGGGCCAUGGCGCUGGAGGCGUUCGAGAUGCGCGACGACAUGGCGGAGGCCGAGAGGCGGCUGCUGGCGUACUGCAACGGUCGCGUUUGA